AUUUUCCAAUAUCACAAGUUGAAAGAACUUCUGUACAUCCAAGUGGGAUCUCCAUAAUAAUUCAAGAAAGAGUUGAUUUAUUUCCCGUUAAUUCUUGUCUUUUUUAGUGUUUUAAUUGCUAAAAAAGCCGGGUUCAGUCAUUCUGCUCCGGAACUCCUGAUCUGCUUCUGUUCUGUAAAGAACAUUGGUAAAUCCUUUGUGAUAUUGUAAGAAAAGCGUAUUUCUCUGUACGAGGAUUCUUUUUCUGAUAAAAAAAGGAUAAAAGAAUAUCAUUACUUCCUUCGCAUUUUGCUCUUUUCUUCGAUUAGCUACGAUUGAUCAUCAACGAAAGAAAUUCAUGAGAUUCGAAUUACAACUUGUCCUUCUCUGUUGAACUUUUGCUUUUGUCAUUUUAAUUAACAAAAAGUUGUUCAUUUGAAAGAGCUUGGCUUUCAACUGCAAUUAUUGUGCUCCCUCUUCUAAUACUUUUAAUCAUUUUGAUCCUCUUCCCAUUUCUGUUUCUUUUAAUACCUUUUUCUUUCUUAGACUAUUUCUCCUUCAAUAUGUCAAAUUUUGCGGCUACUUUAAAAAACGCUGCUGCUGAAUUUCAGUCUGAAAACUCAAACCAAAUGCUUCGGUUCCUCUUUUAUAAAAGAGAUGACCAAUUCAUUACCUACAAACGAGAUGGAGGCCCCGUACAAUGCUCGGGUGAUGGUAACGCGUUUGAAGAGUAUGGUCAUAUGGGUGUCCGGAUUGGUGCCAUUUUUGUUAUUUUGUUCACUUCUUUAAUUGGGGUUUGGCUGCCUCUUGCUUUGUCACACUUUAUGCAUGACCAGGCAAAUCUUGUUAUAACCUACUUUUACUUGUUUUGUCGUUAUUUCGGAUCUGGUGUCAUUUUGGCUACCGCUUUUAUUCAUCUUCUAGCUCCUGCUUGCAACAAAUUAUACGAUCCCUGUUUAGCGGACCUUUUUGGGGGUUACGAUUGGGCCCCUGGUAUAUGUCUCAUUUCGUGCUGGUUCAUGUUUUUCAUUGAAGUCGUACUUUCUCGAUUCGUCGAAUGGAAGUACGGCAUGUCUCAUUGUCAUAACCCCAACUUAGGUACGCACAGCCAUAAUCAUGAAGAAGAAGGCGCUUUUGGUAUCCAUUCCCAUGACCACUGUCAAGAUGACAUAGAAAACCGUCCAGGAAGUCCGAAAGAUAUCGAAGAAAUCAAGCUAAAGUCCGUUUCUAACACUGAGAACAGUGAUUUGGUCUCCAUUGAAGAAUCUAGGAAAUCCUUACUUUAUCAGCAAAUCGGGGCUUUUCUUGUCUUAGAAUCCGGUAUCAUUCUACAUAGUGUAAUUAUUGGUUUGACUACAGCUAUAUCGGGUGAAGAAUUCAGAACUUUAUUUCCUGUUGUAGUGUUUCAUCAGGCGUUUGAGGGAACAGGUUUGGGUGCUCGUCUUUCAAGUAUGGCUUGGUCUAAAGGCUUUAAUAUUCAACCAUGGAUUAUGGGAGGAACUUAUGCUUUGUUUACUCCUAUCGGUAUGGCUGCAGGUUUGGGUGCUCGCGAACACUGGAAUCCUCUUAGUCAUGGUACUUAUGCUACUCAAGGUGUGUUGGAUGCAAUCUCUUCAGGUAUCCUUAUUUAUGCUGGUUUGGUUGAAUUAUUAGCUCAAGAUUUUCUUUUCGAUCCUAAUAGAGAGCGCAACUGGUUGAAACUAAGCUUUCUUCUGUUUUGUGCAAUGGCCGGAACUGCUCUUAUGGCCCUACUUGGAAAAUGGGCGUAGUCUUGUGCCACCGAGUUAUACUAAGUCUAAUUAUUUCUAAUGUUAUGUUUUGUUAUAAUAGUUAAUAUGUCAUGUGUUUCCUUUUUCAUUUUCAAGCUAGAUGCUGAGAAUGCAGUCUAUGUGAAUUAGUAAAUAAACCUUUAUUCUAUAAUCAACCCUGAAUAAAUAUGUUCGUUUUAUUAAACAGUUUU